GUGUCACGUAUAAUCUCCUGGACGGAACAACUGCAGCCAUCUCGGUAGCUCGCUAGACAACAAAGUCGGAACAUUCAAGAUCUUUAGACAAUUUCGUGGUUUAAUUGCCAGUAUGAUUUAAACAUACUUAUGUGGAAACAACUAGAUGCCCAUUUAUUUUAAUAUUUACGUUGUAAGUCAACUGGCUGGUUAAGUUAGCACUAGUCUGGUAGCUAAUGCUAACCAGCUAUUAUCCCCGAACAUGAGUUCAGUAAACUACUCUCCUCCUUUUCUCUGCUGGACGGAGAAAGAAGCUCUGGUAAAAGAGGAGGAAGAGGAGGCUGUUAAAAUACAAAAACAAGUAGAUGGUGAGGCUGUUACCGUGAAAGAUGAGGAGGAAGACGCGUUCAGAGUGAAAGAGGAGGAGGAUGUUACUGUGAAAGAAGAGGAGGAUGCAGUUUUUGGAAUAGAGGCUGAAGUGAAAGAAGAUGAAGACGUUUUUGGAAUGAAGGAUGAAGAGGGGGAGAUUAUUGUCACAUUAGAGGAGGACGAAGAAGAGAAGACUGGAGAUCUGAUUAACACCAGUAAAUACAUAGAGAGACGUGACUAUCGUGGAUCCUCUGGGGAGCCUCAGCAACAUCAUGAUGCUGACGAGGCAGAGAAAAGACUCUCCAGAUCAGAACUCCUCAAGAAACACCAGCAGAGACCCACAGGAACGAAAUCUCACUGCUGCUCUGACUGUGGGAAAAGAUUGAACUCUUCAUCAAACCUUAAAAUACAUCAAAUAAUUCACACAGGAGAGAAACCUUAUAGCUGUGAUCAAUGUGGGAAGAGUUUUACUACAUCUAGCAAUCUAACUAUACACCAGAGGAUACACACAGGAGAGAAACCUUAUGGCUGUGAUCAAUGUGGGAAGAGUUUUACUACAUCUAGCUAUCUAACUAUACACCAGAGUACACACACGGGAGAGAAACCUUACGCCUGUGAUCAAUGUGGAAAGAGAUUUAUUCUGCUAGAAACCCUGAAAUCACACCAGAGAAUACAUUCUGGAGAUAAACCUUUUGGCUGUUAUCAAUGUGGGACGAGUUUUUCUCACUUAAGCAGCCUGAUAGGACACCAGCGGGGACACACAGGAGAAAAACCUUAUAGCUGUGAUCAAUGUGGGAAAAGCUUUACUACAUCUAGCAAUCUAACUAUACACCAGAGAACACACACAGGAGAGAAACCUUAUGGCUGUGAUCAAUGUGGGAAGAGUUUUACUACAUCUAUCUAGCAAACUAACUAUACACCAGAGAACACACACAGGAGAGAAAUAUUUUAGCUGUGAUCAAUGUGGGAAGAGUUUUGGUCAAUCUGGCCAACUGACUGUACACCAGAGAACAAACACCGGACAGAAACCUUAUAGCU